CACCGCCUCUCUCGCACCCACCCAAACGCUCCAUCAUGGCCUCUAUGCCCGCCAUUGUCGAGCAGAUUGCGGCCUCGCCUGCUGUCCGCUCGCUUGUCCACCGCUUCUCCGAGUCCUUCCGUGUGGCCUCUGGCUACCGCAAGUUCGGCCUCCGCCAUGAGGACAUCAUCAUGGAGUGCGAUGUCGUGCAGGAGGCGAUCAACCGCCUUCCUGAGGAAGAGCUCCAGGAGCGCAACUUCCGCUUCUCGCGCGCAAUCAACAUCUCGGCCAAGAAGGCUACCCUCCCGGCUGCUGAGCGCACCUCGCCCGCUGACGACGUCGAGUACCUCACCCCGUACAUCCGCAAGGUGCAGCAGGAGCAGGACGACCUCAUCGAGUGGGACAAGUACUGAUUCUUGCUCCGCCCCACCCGUCCCCCAAUACACACACAACACACACACA